AUCAGAUAAAAGUGGUAAAACAUAUGAACAAAUAUUGAAAACAAUUAUUGAACAAGCAAAUAAAUAUAAUAUUGUUGUUGAACCAAAACGUGCUGUAUCGGAUUUUGAACAGGCAAUAUUUAAUGCAGUGAGUAAUAUAUUUCCAAAUCGUAAAAUUUCUGGUUGUUUUUUCCAUUAUUCGCAAAGUUUGUGA